GACGAGCCUGUCGACAUGCUCCCCAAAUCGAGAAAAGCGCUCAGCAUCCAGGAGAUCGCUGCACUGGCCAGAUCUUCAUUUAACGGUAUCUCUCAGGUGGUGAAGGAUCAUGUGACUAAGCCCACAGCGAUGGCUCAGGGGAGGGUGGCUCACCUGAUUGAGUGGAAAGGCUGGUCUAAACCGUUCGACCCGUCGUCAGCCACUCUGCAGUCCCACUUCAACUCCUACUCCCACCUGAGCGAGGGCGAGCAGGAGGCGCGCUUCGCAGCAGGAGUGGCGGAGCAGUUUGCGAUCGCCGAGGCGAAGCUGCGAGCCUGGAACUCUGUUGAUGAAGAGGAUGUGGAUGAAGAGUGUUCUGAAGAGGAUCUCCCUCAGAAUAACGACUUGACCAUUACGACCCAAAGCUCAGACGCCGCGUUGUCCAAUCAGGAGUGUGCGGUGCCGUGCCAGGCUGAGGCUGACCUUGAAACGUUCGUGGACGACCAGAGUGGCCUGCGGGAGUCCGGCCUUUGCCAGUUUAACUGUGAAGAGCAGGCCGUGAUAGAUGUAGUUCCAAAAGGGGUUGAAAAACUACAGCUCCCAGCGGAUGAAGCCUACAGCCAGGUCAGCGAGUUCUCCAAGGCUGACCGCCGGCCUUUCUGGAGCCGAGGAGAUUCCUGCUAUCACUCCACCUCCUACUCAGAGUCUGGCCUUUCUCCAGAAGAGGAAGAAGAGGAGGAUGGAAGAGAGGUAGAAGAAGGAGAGGACAAUGUGUUUCAGGAGGUUAUCCGCUGGUACAGCCGCUGCAGGAGCAUCUCCGACACUUCUGGAGCGGCGUCCUUCGACGACGACGAGGCGGAAGACAGAGAGAUCUCCAGGCAGUGA